AUGAACAUUGACAAACUCAUCAUUGGACUAUGGCAUUCAACAAAAUACUUUUUGGCCAUAGUUUUAUUUCUAAGGUAUGUAUGUUAAUUGUCUAGCUAAUUAAUGGCCAUAGAUCUAACUCGAUUUUAGCACAUUCGACGGUUUUCAUUGGAAGUAUAAUGUCACUUCUAUACUUCUAGUUUUCUGCAUAUACCUUCAUAGGUUCAGUGAAAAGUACAAAACUUCCCCCAGGUUUAAAGCAAUCAGUGAAAAGGAUAUUGCAUUGAUUACUGGGGGAUCUAGAGGGCUAGGACUAGAAAUUACCAAAGAAUUAAUUCUAGAAAAGAAAGUUGGCAAAGUUAUAAUCUUGGAUAUAAUUAGCCCUGAAUUCCAAUUUAUUGAUAAAGACAUGUCGAAUAUAGAGUAUCAUAAAUGUGAUGUGGGGAAUAGAAAGGAGCUUCAGUCUGUAAUAGAGAAAGUCAUAAAGAAUUUGAACAACCAAAAAAAAAAUAUCAGCAUAUGCAUUAAUAAUGCAGGUAUAAGACACAACGAAUCUUUAUUGAACCUAUCACAGGAAAAAAUUGAUUCUAUUUUUAAUGUCAAUACUAUGUCUCAUAUACUAGUUUUAAAGGCUAUCUUGAAAAACCAUGUGGAAGAAGUUAUUCCUAGAGAACUUACGAACAAUAAUCUAUUCAUUGUUUCAGUAUCGUCUAUAUUGGGCACACUUGCACCUAGGAAUUUGUCUAUCUAUUCUGCAUCUAAGGCAGCCAUAAUUCAAAUACACGAGGCUUUAACCCAGGAAGUAUCACAUUUGCCAAUGAUUAGGCUAUUAUUGGUGACUACGGGCCAGUUAACUACAAGUAUGUUUGGUGAUGUAAUACCUCCAAUGAAAUUCCUUGCACCUGUAGUCAAUCAUAUUGAUUUGGCAAAAGACGUCAUACGUAAAAUAGAAAAAGGUGAAAAAGGUGUGUUAUGUGCUCCACUUUAUGCAAACUUCUUGCCAAUUGUUAAAAGCUUGCCUAUAUUUAUGCAAGACUACUGUAGAUGGUUUUCGGGUAUAGACACUCAGAUUAAAGAAAAUCAAUGA